UUAAAAGAUGUACUGAUUACAUUUUGGAAUAUAAUCGGCACCAAAGAGGAAUAAAUUUGUAUUAACCAAAUUGAAAAAUAAUUAAAUAAACAAAACCAGCAUUUUAAGAAUAAAGUACAGAAAAACCUCGGCGCUACGUAUGGCAAGCAACUAUAAAUAAAGCUAAGCAAACAACCUUUUCACCAAGGAAGGACUCUCUCUCUUUUCAUCACUUCAAAAUCUUUUAUUCUUUAGAUAAGUUUUCUUAAAAAAUACUAAGAACAUCAAAACAUGGUAGUUUUGUUACAGCCAGUCACAUUUAAUAGCGACGUCUAUGUUAACCCAAAAUGCAAACCAAGUCCGGUCCCAGUCCCGGUUAUAGACUUAACCGACGCAGAUGCCAAAACCCAAAUCGUGAAGGCUUGCGAGGAGUUGGGGUUCUUCAAAGUGGUCAACCACGGAGUACGACCCGAUCUUUUAACCCAGUUGGAGGAAGAGGCCAACAAGUUCUUUGCUAUGCCUCAGUAUCUCAAAGAAAAAGCGGGUCCACCCGACCCGUUUGGAUACGGUAGUAAACGGAUCGGACCCAGUGGUGACAUGGGCUGGUUAGAGUAUAUUCUCCUCAAUGCUAAUCAUCAUCUCUCGUCUACCAAAACCACUGCCGUUUUCCAGCAAACCCAUGCAACUUUCAGAGAGGCGGUGGAGGAGUACAUGGAUGAGAUGAAGAGAAUGGCUUGCAAGGUUCUGGAGAUGGUAGAAGAAGAGCUAAGUAUAGAGCCAAAGGAGAAGCUGAGCAAACUGGUGAAGGUGGAAGAGAGUGAUUCUUGUCUGAGGGUGAACCAUUACCCGGAGAAGGAAGAGACUCCGGCCAAGGAAGAGAUUGGGUUCGGUGAGCACACGGAUCCACAGUUAAUAUCGGUGCUCAGAUCAAACGACACUGAAGGUUUACAGAUUUGUUUGAAAGAUGGGAGUUGGGUCGCUGUUCCACCUGAUCACUCCUCUUUCUUCAUUAUUGUUGGAGAUACUCUUCAGGUGAUGACUAACGGAAGAUUCAAGAGUGUAAAACACAGAGUGCUGACGAAUACAAAGAGAUCAAGAUUAUCGAUGAUCUACUUCGCAGGUCCUCCGUUAACUGAGAAGAUUGCACCAAUGUCAUGCCUUGUCCUAAAGCAAGAGGAUCGGCUUUAUAAGGAGCUCACUUGGUCCCAAUACAAGUCACAUUGUUACAAAAGUAAGCUUGGUGAUUAUAGGCUUGGUGUCUUUGAGGAACAACUUCCAUUUUAUAUGUCCAAUGUUUGAGUUAUUUUUGUGUAAAUUUUAGUUUUACUUUAUUAUAGCUAAAUAAUAUCUUACAGUUUAUAUGUGUAAACAAGAGAAGCAAAACAAUAAAAUAAAUGAGAUUUUCUGAUUAUUCUAUUUUUUUUGUAUUUAGUCAUUAUCUCUUUCUAAUUUUGGUUUAUUUAUAAGAUAAUAAACAGUGAGUGUUCUUUUUUUUGGACAAAAAACAGUGAGUGUUCAUCUCUAACUUUUCUUGUAUAGUUUCAUAUAAACAUUCACUGAAAAGAGUGAUGAUUGUUUUCUUAUUUUCUUAUAUAACAUGAAAAUUCUGUUUUCUUACCGGAUAAACCUAUCUUAAAGGGUUUCUUUGUUUCUUCUAUUGAGGCCCAUCUACAUAACAUAAGCCUAAGUAGAC